UUUCAUGGUUGAACUGGUUCUAAAUAACAACACGAAGGGUAUAUCUAUAAAUUAAAUCUUCACAAAGAGUUGUUACCUUAGGAGUCAGCAAGGGCUGUGGGGUGGAUAUCCGCUGACAGCUGAAGCUCAAACUUUGUUGGACUGUGAGUUCUGAUGAAUAAAGAAGUAAAACAUGAGAGUCCGUUACCUUUUGGUUUGUCUGCUUGUGGUGAAACAUGUGGUUCAACAGAAUGCUCAGGAGAUCAGCGGGGACAUUCUGGCCAAUGAGUUGAAUAAAGUGGCAGAUUCAGUUGGAUGGUCAUUUCUGCAGAACGAGUACAACCAGAUGCGAUACCAGGAAACGAGGCUUGAUGGGAAAAAGCAAGUUCGAGAGAUUGCAGGUAAAAUCGGGGGGCGAAUGAUUAAAGUGGACAAUGCGUUAAAGAAGCUGAAGGAAGCUGUAGAGGAGGACCAGCUGUCGUCUAUUGAGGCCCCUCAUGACUGCUGUGUGGACGGAAAUUACCAAGAAAACAUCCGCUUCAGAACUCAAGUGUCCGAAGAAGAAAAUUGCUACAGUAAGCCAUCCUAUGUAAUCCCAGAGAAUCUGAAAUUCCCAUCUUCUAAAGUAUUGGCAGUCAUGAAAUCAAAUCUUGAUGUAAAACACCUACAGUUCCAGUAUAUUGGAUUGAAUUCUGGUCUAUACAUUAAUUACCCAGCUACCAAGCUGACAGACUGCGAUACAUACGAUCCUCGAUUCAGACCCUUCUAUGUGUCCACCACCACAACUAUCCCCAGGGACGUAGUUGUAGUAUUAGAAACGUCAUCCGCCAUGAGGGGCGAUAAACUGUUUGAAGCCAAGCAUGCUGUGAUAACAGUAAUGGAAACUUUGGGGAUAGAAGAUAGGUUUGGAUUAAUUGUUUUCAAUGACGAUGUAAAAACCUUGAAAGAAUGCUACGAGAAUCAACUUGUUCCAGUGACCAGUGCCACCACAAAAAGUUUCCGAGAUUUUCUGACCUCCCAAGUAGGGGAGGGUGGAACAGAUUUUACCGCUGCCCUCCGUAAAGCAUUUAUGUUUUUCAAGGCAAAUAUGAGUGCAGAAAAGAAUAACCGAGACAACAUCCUUUUGUUUGUUAGUGCAGGAGAACAUCAAAAUGAAAAAGGCAAUCCUUUGGAAGUUAUUCGAGAGGAAAACGAGGCGCUUCAAAACAGAGUUGUGAUCAACACGUUUGGCAUAGGAACAGGUCUUAACAGUGAUGAUAAAGAACUAUUAAGGAAUAUGGCAGAGCAGACACUGAACAAUAACUCAUAUGGAUAUGUAAAAAGCGGAAAAACAACAUUCUUCCCGAACAAUAAGGGCACCUCCCUUCGUGAGGCCAUGGGUACCUACUACGAUUAUUUUAGCGUACCAAUAUCACUAUCCCCCACCUACACACAACUUUACAAAGACUUCUUCUCCAAUGAAUCAAUCAUCACGGGUUGUCUGCCUAUUGCGUUUAACGGAGCUUUUUCUGGAGUUGUAUGCGCAGACAUUUUGAUCAGUGAAUUAGUGGCGGAAAUUUUAUAUCUCCAACAAGAGGAAUUUUCCUAUGCAUUUAUUAUGGAUGGCGAGGAACGGACGCUGGUUCAUCCACUUCUUCCUGAUCCUCGCGACGUAGAAGCAAAGGAACAGGACAUCAACAACAUCUACAAUUUUGAGACUUCUGGUGAUGUUUCAGAUGUUAUCGACUCCAUGAAAAAGGGCUUGGAGGGUAACAAGACAUUACAAACGACAAUAAUAGAAGCUAGAGGAGAAAAAUAUUUCGAAGGCGACUCCCAACAAAGUCUAAAUGCUGUUUUUUAUUGGACUCCGAUUAUAGCUCCAGGAAGCAAUUUUUCUCUUUGUAUUGUAACGGAACAAAACAACAUAGUAAGAAAUAUAGAGUCGAUACCUCAACCCUCCAAAAGAGACUUUCUCUACCAUCGGUGGGAUUUGAACCAGUGGCCGGCUCCAUUCUGCAGACAUUUCAAUCGAUAUGCUACUCAAGAAAAAUCUACUGUGAAGCUUUCCCCAGACGCUUUCAUUGAGGCGUAUUCAUACACUGGAGUCAAGGAAACAGAAGUCAGAGUAAAGCAGUAUAAGGACUACUUGUCUGGAGAUAUCUUCACCAACCCAGGUCUAAAAGUGUCAGCAGUAAAGUCCAUACGGUUAACUUAUCCUAUUGAAAAGUUCUGGACGACGACGUCAAGGGAGGAGGCUCCGUAUCUAGUGUGGCGUUACGUCAUGACGGAAAAUGGUGUGACGAGAGUGUACCCAGGAGUGCGACUGACAGAUGACUACGAUUACAAACUCAGACCAUGGUAUCAUCGGACCGUUUCUCAGAAGACAGUUAAUGUCGUGUCGGCUCCAUAUGAAGAUUCAUGGGGAUCAGGAAGGGUUAUCUCUCUUACAAAGACCAUAUUACAAGGGGGGACCAAUCCAGAUAGGAAACUCGAAGCUGUGAUAGGAACAGACUUCUCAAUAUUUUACUUCAAUCAGAUGCUGGAAGAUAGAUACCCGAUAUGUGCCGCCAGAUCAAAUUACAGUUGUAUUCUGAUCGACAACAGUGGAUUCCUUGUGAUGCACCCAUUCUUCAUAGAAACCACAUCUUCAAUAAACUCACAAAUUCAUUUAAUAUAUAAGGAGGGAAGGAUUUCCCGUUUGCUGAUAGAGAAAGGAAUAAUGUACAGACAACCAUGUAGAGACACGGGGAACAAAAAGGAACAGUUUACAUACAGGGUGAAGCUGCCAGAUUCUCUCCUGAGCGGGAUAGUCGACUCAAAAGAGGGGUACCAACUUCGUCCGGUGCCUGGCUCUAACUUGUUUCUUAUACUCAAACAGAGACGUAUGCUCGACGAGGAAUCAUGUUGUAACUCAGAGCAUUCUACAUCACCGAACUCAAUACAAUGUAGCGUUGAAGAGUGUACUUGCCUUUGUUACAAAGACCUGUCCUUCAACGAAUGCAAGAAUGAAUACGUGAUCACGAGAGGUUUUGUUCCAUGUAGUCCUCAAUUACCAACCCUACGGUCUGUUAGUACACCAGAAAAGGACAAAACUAAGAACCUACCUACGUGCUUUCCUACCGACUGCGCAUGUCGAAAAACUGAGAGCGAUUGUUUCCGUACAUCAGGGUGUUCCUGGUGUACGAGUGAUGAGGAUGGUAAUGUGGUCGACGGAUUCUGUGACCUGAAGGAAAUAUGUCCUUCCCAGCAGUGUCUUAAGGAUGAUUGCAGUGUCAAGUGUUGUGGAAGCGAAUGUUACCCAACAGUCUCUAAACCGGAGAACAUGUCGUUAUAUGUGGGUGUUUCUAUUGCUGUGGUGGCGUCCGUCAUUAUUUUCAUCGUAUUUGCAGUUUUUAUUUUUCGCAAAAUAAGACAGAAUGGGACAGACGACACAUACCUUGAUGCAGCUCACGACUUUGAUAUGACCAACAAACCCCCGCUAGAUUGUGAGGAUUACAACACUGCCCCCAAUUACUAUAUAGCAGAGCUAAGCGCAACUUCAGAGGAAAGUAUCAACACAAAAUCAAGCUAAACCAACCUGGAGAUUAGUCAUGAUCAUGACUUACUCAUAUGUUUUAUAUCUAUUGUGUACACAUAUGUUGUAAAUCGUCAUUUAAUACAGAUGUGUGCAGCCGUACAUGAAGAUACACAAGAACGCAAAACUAGAAAAACCGCAAAAGUAUCAUAUUGUUGUGUGUUAUGUCUCCUGUUUUAUAGAUAGCGGGCUUUUCUUAAGAAAUGCGUACUUGACAUUGAUUCCAUACAUCAAUUUAUGUAUCAAUGAAGAUGUUUUAAAUUUAACAUUAUAAUUGAACAAAAAUAUUUAUCAAAUCUGUAAUCAGUGUAUCCCUUAGUGUGCAUAACACAGCAAUCAGGAGAAAUUUCUGAUAACUAUACCAAACCACAAACUGGAUAUAAAAAUAGGAAAGACUACUCUACAAUAUUAUGCUAUUUUUUGCUAAUGACAUAUCUUUGAUAUUGAUUAUUCAAAGAUUUUAAUACACAUUCCCCAUAAAAUCCAUAUCAAAUUCCAAGGGUUGUACAGGACAUUUAAACGGUUUAGCAAUUGAAUGUCGGCGAAGGACAAAUUUCAUGUUUUCUAUCAUUAACAUACUCUAAUUCAAUUUAUAAAAGUUUAUUUUCAUUUCGAAAGUUGGAUUUUCCGACACCAGUACGGUUUUUCUUGGUAAAUUUCCCGGUACUGUUUGUUUUGGUUGUGAUUAGUAUUGUUAAAUUGUACAUUGCUCAUCAAAGGCAUUAGCUAUUUACCCGAUUAUUCUUCCUAGUGACUUUGGGUGGCAGAUGUAGGUGUUCAAUCUGUAUCUUUUAAUAAAAAAUAUAGUAAUUGACAUUAAAAAAAAUAGUAAAUUGGUACAAGAAAAACAAAUAUUUAAACUUCACGAGUACUGUACUACAUAGUGUUUAAAAAGCUAUAUAAAUCAGGCAUGGAUACUUACAACUUCCACAGAACUUUUAGAAAAUUUGAAAUAAUAAAUGUUUCAUUAACAUCAAAACUUAUUACUUUUUUUACAAUUUAUACAACCAAAAAUAUUUUAAUGGUAACCAAACAACAACAACAAAAAUGAGAAACGGGAUGAAUUCAAUUUUUCUAUUGUCAAGUGUCCUUACAUGUGUUGCAAUGUGCCUUUACUUCUUGCAUAUGACGUUUUUGUCUCUCAGUAUAUUUGAUACGCAAAUGAAUGUUCUCUGUAUCAUCAUUAUCUGAAACGAGGCAAGCUACUGACUAUCAAUGUAAUUAAACAAUACUAUAAACAGUC